AUGUAUCCCACAACAGCCCAGACCGAGAUCCCCCCUCCGCCGCCCAACGAGUCGGUGCUCCUGGCCUACCCGACGCCCAACAUCCUGCUGGUGACCAUCAACCGCGCGCGGCAGAUGAACUCGAUCCCCUUCCCCGUGCACUGGCACCUGCACCGCGUGUUCGAGUGGUUUGACCGCGAGCCGACGCUGCGUGUGGCCGUCAUCACGGGCGCGGGGCCGAAGGCCUUUUGCGCGGGCCAGGACCUGAUCGAGCUCGGCAAGCGCGAUCCCAAGGAGCUCGAGGAGAAGCCCUACCUCGCCAUGCACCCGACCACGGGCUUCGCGGGCAUCAGUCGCCGCCUGGGCAAGAAGCCCAUCGUCGCCGCCGUCAACGGCUUCGCCUUGGGCGGUGGGUUUGAGAUUGUCUUGAACUGCGACAUGGUCGUGGCCUCUCCAACAGCGACGUUCGGACUCCCCGAGUCGCUGCGCGGCAUCUACGCCGGCGCCGGGGGCCUGCCUCGGCUGGUGCGCAACGCGGGCCUCCCGAUCGCGUCGGAGGUGUCGAUGACGGGCCGCACGCUGACGGCGGCCGAGGCGCUCAAGUACAACGUGAUCAAUAAGGUGUCGGCGACGCGCGAGUCGUGCGUGGCCGAGGCCGUGCAGCUGGCCCAGAAGGUCGCCGACAUCUCGCCCGACGCCAUCAUCGUCACCCGCGCCGCCCUGCGCGAGACCUGGGAGAACGGCUCCGUCGAGCGCGGGUACCAGCUCAUCGACGAGCGCAUGAAGCGCGGCCUCAUGGGGGGCGAGAACGCCAAGGAAGGGCUCGCGGCUUUCCGGGAGAAGAGGAAGCCCGUCUGGAAGGCGUCGAAGUUGUGA